GGCAUGGAGGCGGACGGGGAGCGGGACGAGCUGGCCCCGCUGCGCUCCGCCUUCGCGGCCUGCGACGCGAACCGCUCCGGGCGCCUGGAGCGCGAGGAGUUCAGCGCGCUGUGCGCGGAGCUGCGCGUGCGGCCGGCCGACGCCGAGGCGUUGUUCCAGCAGCUCGACGCCGACCGCGACGGGGCCAUCACGUUCCAGGAGUUCGCGCUCGGCUUCCGCGGGACUGUUGGAGAGGGGCGGCACCGGGGCCGGGGUUCCCCGGAGCCCGCGCCCGCCGCGGCCCAGCGAGGGUCGGACCCCGGGGACAGCGAGGAGGAGGAGAGCGGCGAGGAGGGGCCGGCGGCGCUGCUGUCUUCCUGGGACCCGGCGAGGCCUGGCCGGGCUUGGCAGGAUUUCCAGACGCGGCUCGGGGACCAGGCCAAGUUCAUCCCCAGGAAAGAGCAAGUUAGUACUUUGUAUCAAAACAUCAACCUUGUGGAGCCAAGACUAAUCCAGCCUUAUGAACAUGUUAUCAAGAACUUUAUCCGUGAGAUCAAAUUCCAGAGCGCAGAGAUGGAAAGCCUGGCCAUUGCCGUGAAGAGGGCCCACGACAAUACAGCCAUGCAGUUGAGUGAGAUGGAAGAGGAAAUGGAUCAGAGGAUUCAGGCUGCGGAACACAACACGAGGAAAGAUGAAAAACGCAAAGCUGAGGAAGCCCUCAGUGAUCUCAGACGUCAGUAUGAGGCAGAAGUAGGAGACCUGCAGGUGACGAUAAAGAAACUCAAAAAGCUGGAAGAACAAUCCAAACAUAUAUGUCAAAAAGAAGAUGUGGCUGCAUUGAAGAAAAAAAUUUAUGACUUAUCAAUGGAAAAUCAGAAAGUUAAGAAAGAUCUUUUAGAAGCACAGACAAAUAUAGCCUUUCUUCAGAGUGAACUAGAUGCUUUGAAAAGUGAUUAUGCUGAUCAGACUCUGAAUUCUGAAAGGGAUCUGCAAAUAAUCCGAGAGUACACGGAAGAUCGAAAUAGUCUUGAGAGGCAAAUUGAAAUACUCCAAACAGCUAACCGGAAACUGCAUGACAGCAAUGACGGCCUCAGGAGUGCCCUGGAAAACAGUUACAGCAAGUUAAACAGAUCGCUGCGUGUAAAUAAUACAUCACCAGGGAAUACAAUUUCUAGGAGCAGUCCCAAAUGUAAUGGUCAGUCUCCUCACACUCUGGGCUAUGACAGGUCAUCCCGCUCUUCCUAUGUGGAUGAGGACUGUGACUCAUUGGCCCUCUGUGAUCCUAUGCAGAGGAUGAAUUAUGAAGUUGACAGCCUGCCUGAGAGCUGCUUCGACAGUGGCUUGUCUACCCUGAGAGAUUAUAAUGAGUAUGAUUCGGAGGUGGAAUACAAGCACCAGCGGGGAUUUCAGAGGUCACACGGCACACAGGAGAACUUUGGGGGUGAUGCUUCAGAUACAGAUGUACCUGAUAUUAGGGAUGAGGAGACAUAUGGUUCAGACGGUGUGGCUUCUAUCUUAGACUGGAAGCCCCAGGGUUCUGUUAGCGAAGGCAGCGUCGUUAGUUCUUCCAGAAAGCCCAUCUCAGCACUUUCACCACAGACAGACAUAGUAGAUGACAACCAGAAAUCUUCUAGCUCACAGAAGGCUUACAAGAUUGUACUUGCUGGGGAUGCUGCAGUGGGGAAAUCUAGUUUCCUCAUGAGACUUUGCAAGAAUGAAUUUCGAGGGAAUACAAGUGCCACCCUUGGAGUUGAUUUUCAAAUGAAAACUCUUAUUGUGGAUGGAGAGAAAACAGUGCUGCAGCUCUGGGACACGGCUGGCCAGGAGAGAUUCAGAAGUAUUGCCAAGUCUUAUUUCAGAAGAGCAGAUGGUGUUUUGCUUCUGUAUGAUGUUACUUGUGAGAAAAGCUUUCUUAAUGUACGCGAAUGGAUAGAUAUGAUUGAGGAUGCAACUCACAAGAGUAUUCCUAUCAUGCUGGUUGGGAACAAAGCAGAUCUUCGUGACUCUACUGCAGCAGAGGGACAAAAAUGUGUUUCAGGAUACUUUGGAGAAAAACUGGCCAUGACCUAUGGGGCAUUAUUCUGUGAAACAAGUGCCAAAGAUGGCUCGAACAUAGUGGAAGCUGUUCUCCAUCUUGCUCGGGAAGUGAAGAAAAGGACUGAUGAGGAUGAUAGCAAAUCCAUUACCAAUCUGAGCAGUUCCAAAAAGUCGACCCAGAUGAAGAACUGUUGCAAUAGUUAGAUCCCAGUCCUCCUUGGCCUUUGAAGCCUUCACUUCCAGAGAACUGAAUUUGUUGGACUUCUUUGCUUUUCACACAGAGUGGUGCAUAGUGCAGGCUCUGUCGUAUGGAGAGUUGCAGUGUGGGAAACCUGAACUGAGCUCUGGGGUCCCUCCUGAAUCUCAGCUCUUCUUUGUUAUGUUUCAGUGCAUCAUUUAGGACCUCUAGUAAAAUAUACUCAUCUUGUUCUUAAAAGUUUUAAAGGAUCAUGUACAAAUGUCUCUCAAAGUAAAAAAGAAUCACAUGCUCAGAUCAAAGUUAUAGCGGAAAUUCUGACAUAAUUGGAUUCACGUGGUAGCUGACUUUGUAGCUAACUUGUGACAUUUACUUAAUCCUCAGUCCUGGAGAACUAGCAAAGGGGGGUUACUGUCCUGCCUCUGCUGUUCUCUAGCCUUGAUUCUCGGGCCUGUCCUCAGCCCACAUUAAAUCUGUCUGUCUGUGAAGCAGGCAGCGUGGCCGUGCAGGCCUUAGCCUCUCUUGCUGUAGCGCUGGGAGGAAGAACACAGCAGCUCACAGCUGAUAAGGUCUCUGGUUAUUCAUGCUUUUUUAAUAUUGGAGUAUUGAUUUUUUUCUCACUUUUGAAACAAGAACAGAAUUUAAUUGAGAAAAAUGGUAAUGUUUUAGGCUCCGUGGGAGAUGGAUUUUUUUUUUAUGUAUAAAAGAAGAAAACAUUUUUGUGACCAAAAAGUUGUAUAUAAAAGAAGGUAUUUUAUAAUCUCAGAAAACUUGUGAAGUCUGUGGUUUAAAUUUGCUGUUAAAAAUUUGAAUGGAAACAUACAGAGUCAUAUAAUGCUGAAGCUACAACACCCGGGAAAGUGGUCCCUCUGCUUAAAUACACCAGCCAGUGAUUGCUAGGGCCUGGGGAAAGGAAGGAACUGGGAGUGACUACUAAUAGGUAUGUGGUUUUGUUUGGGGAUGAGAAUGUUCUGAAGUUAGGUAAUAAUGUUUGCACAACUUUAUGAAUAUGCUAAAAACUACUAAAUUUGUACUCUUAAAGGGUGAAUUUUAUGGUAUGUGAUUUUAAAAAUGCACUAAUACUUGGAAUGAUUUAACAUUUUGCUAAAUGAAAACAUGCAUGCUAUUUCAACCCUUUCCAUCAUUUAAAAUAAUAAUCUCCAAUAUAAUGCAGUUCUCAUUCCUUAGUGUCAGCAUUUACUUCUUUAAAUAAUAAACAAUGAAAGAAAUGUUAUAUAUGGUUUUGGAAAAUAAACCUUUAAAAGAGAAGGUACAUUUGGGAAAGGUGAGCCUGUCUGAGCCUGGUGAGUCAUCCUUACGCAGGAUCUGUUUAGUCUUUCUAUCCUAAAACUUGCAGUUCCUUCCAAGUUUCCUGCAGGAGUCAACGCCUGACCCUGGGGUGGGUCAGCAAUUCUGGUUUGGGGAUUUCAAUUUUUAGUGGCCUUAAGCCAAUUCAGUUCUUCUCCAUGAGAGAUUUAAGCUUCCUUUGAUUCAUCUAGGUCCAAGCUCCAAGUAGGUUGGUGGAAAAACUUAAAUAAUAGCUAUUAUUUAUUGCUUUCUAUAAGCUAAAAAAUCCCUUUUUGUUGAAUUAGAAUAAUUUACUGUAGCCAUUUUUCUCCUCCUCAUGAUUUUUAUGAUCAAAAUUCAAAUUCCCCAAGAUUCAUUUUUUUUUAAAUGAAAAUUGACCAGGAAUACCUCACACUCAGAUUAUAAAUAGCCAUGGCAUCAUGUAGCUUUUAGAACACUGGUCUUUGCAGAUGACAUCCAGGUUUUUUUUACUGCAAAGUUGGAUCCAUCCUCAGCAACUCUACCAUGGAUUCUUAUUUAUGUUUUACAUUUUUUGGUCCCAGAAAAAUAGUUUAGAUUUUUGACCAAAAAGAGUGCCUUUUUUUGG